AUGAAAUCAAUUCAAUGUGUAAAUCAUAAAUAAGAUAUUAUCUAUUUUUGCAAUGAUUAACAUUGCGAAAAUAGAUGCCUUUGUGCACAGUGUGAGCACGAACAUGAGAAAACCACAGUUCAAAGCUUGCUAGAAGGCUACAACAUAAAAGAACUGGUCUAAACAUUCUAAAGUUUUAAAUUUAUCAUUAACGAUUUAAUGAUAAAGAUGGAACAUGAAUUAAGCCAACACCUUCAAUAAAUUAAACAACCUCAAGUAAAUGCUUAAAAUUUAGAAUAAUUCAAUAAACAAUUAAGUGAAAUCUCGAAUAUCCAAAAUACAUUAUAAAACAAAGUAAAAAACAGGCUCUAGCAUAUUAUAAAUGCAUUGAAGGGAUAGGAUUUAGAUUAAAGUCCCAUUACCGUGGUAGAUACUCGAAAAAAAGAACAUUCCAAAUCAAUCGUUCUCAGUUAGGCCCAAUUAUAAUAGGAUAUGAUUAAGAAAACUAAACAGUCAAAAAUCUUCAAGAUGAACCCUGCUUAAUCAAAUCAACAAGAAACUUAAUAGUUAGUUCAAUAACCAAAUUUAAAUGUAGAUAGAGUUGAAGUAGCAAGAUUACAACAAUUAAGUACUUAGGAUUGGGCUUGGAAAAUGACUUCAUCGACUGUGUUUUGCUGUAUAUUUUCAUCGUUAAGAGACUUAAAGAUCAUAGGAUUUUUGUAGCCAUUCUUAUUUAAAAGUAGUACCAAAAAUUAUCAAAAAAAAUCUGCAGUUAUCAAUUUCGGCAUUUAUAAUAAAAAAAACUUGACUAAAUAGGCGAUACAUCAAGAAAAAUUCAAUUUACGACAUAGUAAAAUGAAGAUUGUCAAUGAUUGUUAUGAACUGAUGUUAAGUAAGCCAAUUAGCAUAAAGGAAUUCACGGAAUAUUCAAUUGCAAUUUGGCCAAGCAAAGUCCUGUAUUGUCACUAUUUCAGUAUUGCUGCUCCUAUCAAUCCCUUCAUCGCUUUUCAAACUUAAGAUUUCAACGACAAUCCUAAAAUAAAAAGAUCGGAAGAAUUCCCGUAGGUUAUAUCAACUUUUCGUGCAGGUUUAGUACCAUAUUUAAUAAUUGACCCAAGAUAGCAAUGA